AUGGACGAAGAUCAAGCAAAUGCGUUUGAAUUGGUAAAAAACGGACACAACGUGAUAAUCACGGGCCAAGCUGGAUCUGGUAAAACAUAUUUAGUGAAAUGGAUUGUGAAAUAUCGAAGAAAAUGCUACAAAAACGUGUCAAUUGUUUGUUCCACUGGGAUAGCAGCCACACAUUAUGGCGAUCUGGGUGCACAGACAUUACACAAAUGGUCAGGUAUUGAAGACGGCAGACAUUUAAAUGAGGAAAUUGCACAUUUGGUGAAAACGGAUGAAAGAUUCAUGAAAGCAAAACAAAAUAUAGAAACUGUUGAUGUGUUAAUAAUUGAUGAAGUGUCUAUGGUUAGUGCCAAAGUACUGAACCAGGUUCAAUUUCUUUGCAAACAUGUCAGAAACUCUAAGGAAGUAUUCGGCCAAAUUCAAGUUGUUUUGGUGGGCGAUUUUUAUCAACUCCCCCCAGUUGCAAACCAGUUACAUGGUGAUUCUGGCAAGCCAUGCUUCCUUCUGCCUUGGUUUGAUGACUUUUUUCCCCAUAAAGUAGUUCCCCAUAAAGUAGUCUUGAAUGAAAUUCACAGACAGGAGGACACAACCCUCAUCCAGUGCAUUAAUGAACUAGUAAUAGGGCAUCCCUCGGAUGACACUGUCGCCUUCCUCAAGUCAUUGGAUCGGCCUCUGGCAAAUGAAAUGGACUGCAUACAGCUGUUUGCAAGAAACUUAGACGUUGAUUUGUUCAAUUUUGAAAAACUGAACCAGCUAGAUGGUGAACUGAAAAGAUAUAAGGCCACCGAUGAAGGUAGUGAACACUACCUAGGCAAGUUUUUGGCGCCAAGGAAUUUAGCACUUAAAGUUGGAUGUCCAGUGAUGCUUGUGCAAAAUCGAAGUGACGAGCUUGUGAAUGGACUACGUGGCGUUGUAACAAAACUGCUAUCAGAUUCUGUGGAGGUAAAAUUCGCGAUGGAAAAAAAGACAACUACAACAAAUAUUGAAAGGACUACUUUUACCACUUUUGAUCCUGUGAAAAAAUUAGUAGUUGCCAAAAGAGCCCAACUUCCGUUGAAGCUUGCCUACGCAAUGACAGUACAUAAAUCGCAGGGCAUGAGUUUAGAGAAUGUAGUUGUAAAUUGUCAAAAAUGUUUUCAGGCAGGACAGUUGGGUGUGGCUGUGGGGCGUGCGGUUUCAGUUGAUGGUCUGAAAGUUGUGAACUUCAAAAAGUCCCUAUGUAAGCAACAUCCUGUUCACGUGAAACUAUUUCAUCAAAAUAUUUCUGUUGGUCACGUCAGAGCUGAUUUGACAUGUAAAAAACAAAUUCAACAAGAUCUACCAUCAGAAGACAAAAAUGAUGAGCCUUCAGAUACAAACAUGCACGACUCAGAUUUUUCUGACAGUGAAAUUAAACACUUGACUUUUCUAGACAAUUUUAUUGAAACUAACAUUCUUACAGCUGAAGAGUCUCUUUAUCCAUCAAAAGUCGCGUUGGAUUCGGUUCUCAAAGAGUUUCUGGACACACCUACAGAAGAAAGAAUGUUAUCCUUCAAACAAAAACUUCUUUGUGAUUUCCAGAAAUAUGAUGAUUAG